AUGAAAGUAACUGUGUGCUUCGGCAGGACGGGCAUCGUGGUGCCCUGCAAAGAGGGCCAGCUGCGCGUCCGGGAGCUCACCCAGCAGGCGCUGCAGCGGUACCUGAAGACCCGGGAAAAGGAUCCUGGUUACUGGGUGAAGAUUCAUCACUUAGAAUACACAGAUGGAGGUAUCCUGGAUCCAGAUGAUGUCUUGGCAGAUGUUGUUGAAGACAAAGAUAAGCUGAUUGCUGUGUUUGAUGAACAAGAACCCCUCCACAAGUUUGAGAGCCCCAGCGGAAACCCUGCAGAUCGGCAGAGCCCGGAUGCUUUUGAGACAGAAGUGGCUGCCCAACUGGCUGCGUUUAAACCAAUUGGUGGGGAAAUUGAAGUAACCCCUUCUGCUCUGAAAUUAGGCACUCCACUGCUGGUGAGGAGAAGCAGUGACCCAGCUCCAGGGCCACCUGCUGAUGCCCAGCCAAGCUCUUCACACCCCAGUGGCCAGAGUCUGAAACCUGUUGUUUUAGAUUCCACGCAGAACUUAGAAGACAGAGAAGUUAUGAAUGGUGUGCAGACAGAACUACUAACAUCGCCAAAAAUUAAGGGUGCACUGAGUGAUAUGACAAGAACGGUGGAGAUUUCUGGGGAAGGAGGCCCCUUGGGAAUACAUGUGGUGCCCUUCUUUUCAUCUCUGAGUGGAAGGAUCCUAGGACUCUUCAUCCGAGGCAUUGAAGAAAACAGCAGGUGCAAACGGGAGGGACUCUUUCACGAAAAUGAAUGUAUUGUAAAAAUCAACAAUGUGGAUCUGGUAGACAAAACUUUUGCUCAGGCACAAGAUGUCUUCCGCCAGGCAAUGAAAUCCCCAGAUGUGCUCCUCCACGUGCUUCCACCUCAAAACCGUGAGCAGUAUGAAAAAUCAGUCAUUGGACCUCUUAACAUUUUUAGUAGCAAUGAUGGAGUUUUGAGAACAAAAGCACCUCCUCCUGUCCAUGGGAAAUCUGGAGUAAAGACAGUAAAUCUCACUGGAACAAAUAGUCCUGAAGCAGAUGCAUCACCUUCUCUGCAACAAAACAAGAGUCCCCGAGUACCAAGACUAGGGAGAAAAUCUUCAUCUCCCUCGCUCUCCCCUCUCAUGGGGUUUGGCAGCAAGAAAAAUGCAAAGAAAAUUAAGAUUGACCUAAAGAAAGGCCCUGAAGGACUUGGUUUCACUGUGGUUACCAGAGAUUCUUCCAUACAUGGUCCUGGUCCCAUUUUCGUAAAAAAUAUUUUGCCAAAGGGAGCAGCAAUAAAAGAUGGCCGGCUACAGUCAGGAGACAGAAUUUUGGAGGUAAAUGGCAGAGAUGUCACUGGACGAACUCAGGAAGAGCUUGUGGCUAUGCUAAGGAGCACCAAGCAGGGAGAGACAGCCUCUCUGGUCAUCGCUCGCCAAGAAGGAAAUUUUCUGCCCCGAGAACUGAAAGGAGAACCCGACUGCUGUGCACUCUCCCUCGAGACGAGCGAGCAACUCACCUUUGAGAUCCCCCUGAAUGACUCGGGCUCUGCUGGCCUGGGGGUGAGCUUGAAAGGAAACAAAUCCAGAGAGACUGGAACCGACCUGGGGAUUUUUAUCAAAUCCAUCAUCCACGGAGGCGCUGCUUUUAAGGAUGGUCGCCUACGAAUGAAUGACCAACUGAUUGCAGUCAAUGGGGAGUCUCUUCUGGGAAAGUCCAACCAUGAAGCUAUGGAAACACUUAGACGAUCCAUGUCCAUGGAGGGAAACAUUCGAGGGAUGAUCCAGUUGGUGAUUCUUAGGAGACCAGAGAGACCAAUGGAGGAGCCUGCAGAGUGUGGGGCAUUUUCCAAGCCAUGCUUUGAGAACUGUCAAAACACUUUAAGCACCUCCAGGCGAAAUGAUAGUAUAUUGCAUCAGUUUGGCACUUACAGUCCACAAGAUAAACAGAAAGACCUAUUGCUUUCCAAUGACGGAUGGGCGGAGAGUGAAGUACCACCUUCCCCACCACCACAUUCUGGUCUGGAAUUGGGCCUUGAAGAUUACAGCCACAGCUCUGGGGUAGAUUCGACAGUAUAUUUUCCAGAUCAGCACAUCAACUUCAGAUCUGUGACACCGGCCAGGCAGCCUGAAUCAAUUAACCUGAAAGCUUCGAAGAGCAUGGACCUUGUGCCAGAUGAAAGCAAAGUUCAUUCAUUGGCUGGACACCGAUCCGAAUCUCCAAGCAAAGAUUUUGGUCCAACUCUGGGCUUAAAAAAGUCCAGUUCCUUGGAGAGCCUGCAGACAGCUGUGGCUGAAGUCAGGAAAAACGAACUCCCCUUUCACAGGCCCCGGCCACACAUGGUUCGCGGCCGUGGCUGCAACGAGAGCUUCCGAGCUGCCAUUGACAAAUCUUAUGAUGGACCCGAAGAAUUAGAAGCUGACGGUCUGUCCGAUAAGAGCUCUCACUCGGGCCAAGGAGCUCUGAAUUGUGAAUCUGCCCCUCAGGGGAACUCUGAGCUAGAGGACGUGGAAAAUAAAGCCAGGAAGGUAAAAAAAAUGAAAGAAAAGGAGAAGAAAAAGGAAAAGGGCAAAUUGAAAGUCAAGGAGAAAAAGCGCAAAGAGGAAAAUGAAGACCCAGAAAGGAAAAUAAAGAGGAAGGGAUUUGGUGCCAUGCUGAGAUUUGGAAAGAAGAAAGAAGACAAGGGCGGAAAGGCUGACCAGAAAGGCACUCUGAAGCCCGGGAACCUGAGAGAAGAAGAGCCGGAGAGAAUGAAAGAAGAGCAGCGGGAACGGAUUGGAGCAAAACAUCAGGAGCUGAGGGAAAAGCAGGCCAGAGAUCUUGUUGAUUAUGCUACUAGUGCAGCUGGGUCUGCGCACGAUAUGGAAGAUGAUGAAAUGGACCCGAAUUACGCCAGAGUGAACCACUUUCGGGAACCAUGUGCAUCGGCAAAUGUCUUCAGGUCUCCAUCUCCCCCUCGGGCUGGACCCCUAGGUUACCCUCGGGAUGGCCGACCACUGUCUCCAGAGAGAGACCACUUAGAGGGUCUCUAUGCCAAGGUCAACAAGCCAUAUCAUCCACCAGCUCCAGUUGACAGUGGCCGUCCCAUGGGUGGGAGCACUGACCGAAUCCAGAAGCUGCGGAAGGAGUAUUAUCAGGCUCGGAGGGAAGGCUUCCCACUAUAUGAAGACGAAGAAGGAAGAGCUAGGCCAUCUGAUUAUGACCUUCACUGGGUGUCUGGAAAAGGUCCAGAUGGGAAUGCACACAACCUCCGCUUUGAGGGGCUGGAGAGACAGUAUGCAUCUUUACCCAGGGGAGGUCCAGCAGACCCUGCCGAUUAUCUGACAGCAGCACCCCGAGGGCUCUACAAAGAAAGGGAGCUUCCCUACUACCCAGGGCUUCAUCCUGGGCAUCCUCCCAAAGGGAGCUACUCACGCCCCACAGAUCUGAGGGUGGCAGAUCUCCGCUACCCUCACUAUUACGCAUCCCCGCCUGCCCCUCAGCACAAAGGACCCUUCCGGCAAGAUGUUCCACCAUCCCCUCCUCAGCACCAAAGAGUGCCAGCCUACCAAGAAAUGGGCAGAGUGGGCCCGAGAGGUGGAAGCCCCGACCAGUACCCCUACCGAACCCAGGAUCCCAGGCAGAAGAACCCCAUGACGGCAGCCGUAUAG